CUCAGCAACACUCAAGUCUUCCCACUGUCCAUCUCGACAGGACCUAGGCUCGAUAAUGAUUGUGAUCCACAUGAUUCCGAGUUUAUUUGCUUCAAGCAGGCUUCUUCUCCUGAACGUCAUGGGAAUAAAGAAGAAAAGGAACUCUUCCAAGUAACCGUGCGUCACCUAGCAAAAGGCCACGUGACUUUCCCUGUUAGUCACCACGGAAUUCUAAAUGAAUUCAAUGAAAUUCUCGCCAAGCAUGAUCAUUAUGGCGAAUAUGGCAACGCGCUUUGUACAUUGGGAGAUAUCUUGUGGCCACCUGACCGCCCACUCCCAUAUCCAGCGUGGGGGGCAAUCAAGACGCGACUUCAUGUAGCAAGUCUAGAACGCUUCCAUGAAUUAAUUUUGGCAUUAACAACUUGCGUGGAAGAUCAACUGAAAACCCAUUGCUACAAUACUGUUGGAAAUUUCUUAACUUUCUUUGAGAGCUAUAAGAAUCGAAAGGAUUUGACACAGUCACUGGAAAGCUUCUAUCAUGAGUACAAUCCUCCAAUCACUCCCAAGCACCAUACUUGCGUAGGUUUAGGCUUGGACUUAGCUGGAAGGAUAGUGGAAUUGGAGCAGACAUACCCUGGUAUCAGUUCGGCUCUUUUCCUGGCUUCAUGCGAAGAGGAUAUUGGAAACGUCAAUCGAUAUGUUUCAACCCCCACUCCAGAUACCCGCACGUCUGAGAAAGAACACGUCGUUAUUGCUUUGAACAUUAGUCUGGAAGGUCGAGUAGGCGUAUUAAUACUAGAUACCGGCUACCAUGUUCCACGACCUGUGAUAAUCAUGGAGGAUCGUCUCUAUCCCCACACUGGCUGGUUCAAACCGGGUGGCACAAGUCGUUCACGGCGCCUCUACAACUACACCCUACAUCCUAGUGGCCGCUACGUACUCUGGGAUGUCAAGGAAAUCCGAAAAGGAAUCGAAGAAUGUGAAUCUGCACUGAUUUACACACAUCAGGCGUUUUUGUCUCCGGUAGACUGCACAGAGCGACGAAACUUGGUGUAUAACUUCAAAUCACUAUUGAAGCGAGACGCGAGAGGAAACGUGAUAGCUGGAUUAUACUUUGGAUUGAAACCGUUUGAAUUAGGCCAUUUUGCAUUAUUCUACCAGGAUGAGAAACAACAACAAGUCGAUUUCAAGAUUAGUUUUAAAGACAUCUUCCUUGCCCGUGAGCUACCGGAAACUAUUUAUGAAUCAUUGCGUCGAUGCCAGCAUCAGUUGGAACUUGAUGAUUGUGAUGGUUUGAUAAAACUCUUAAAGGAAACAUCCUCAGCUUUAAACAAUACUGAAUUCAUGAACCAGCUGUUAGCCAUCAAUCAACGCAUCGUUAAACUGGCUGAAAACAACUGAAAUUCAACUGAAUGUGGCAAAUGCUCCGUGGUCUACUCCAUCGCUUAACCGUUCCGAUUUUUGUUUUGUUUUAGGUUUUGGUCGAAAAUUGGCUUAUUUGGUUAUUUUAUUUGGUUUUAGUGCUAUAGUACUUUUUUUUUGUAUCGUUUUUCGAACGGCAAGACAAUACAAACACUUCUAAAAGUCA